AUGGCUCGCGCUUUUGUCAGUGAGCAUAAAAAGGAGCAAUGGUUCAAGGAGCGAUACGUCCCCGAAAUCCGAGAUAACUUCAGAGCCAAGCUCAAUGAAAUUCGACGCGGUGCCUAUAGUCAAUGGGAACAAGAUCUAGAGUCUGGUACCUUUGACGAGUUCUCUUUGGAGGGCAUUCCGAAAAGCGAAAGCAACGGCACAGGCGGCGUCAUCGAAAAGGAGGAAGGCGAAGCUACCGCCACGAAUGAGAUUCUCGGCGUCAGCGAUCUUGUCCCAGCCAAUGGCGCGGACAUCCGCGAUGAAAACCAGUUCCAGCCAACUCUUCUCAUCAAGACGAUUGCGCCCCAUGUCAGUCGUCAGAAUCUCGAGGAAUUUUGUAAGGAGCACCUUGGAGAGGAAGAGGGUGGUUUCAGGUGGUUGUCGCUGUCGGAUCCGAACCCGAGUAAGAGGUAUCACCGCAUCGGCUGGGUGAUGCUUCAUCCUUCUUCUGAGUCUGCAAUGCCUGUUGACCGGGCUGAUCCCAAAGACGACGAUGGCGAGGCUGAUGCCACGCCACCCUUGGCCUCCACAGCUGAGAAGGCCUUGGAGGCUGUCAAUGGCAAAACUGUCAAGGAUGAGGCGAGAGGCGACUUUGUAUGCCACGUUGGUGUGCACAAUCCACCUGGUAACCCAAGAAAGAAGGCGCUUUGGGACCUGUUCUCUGCGCCCGAGCGUAUUGACAAGGAUCUGCUGCUUGUUCAGAGGCUCGUGAACAAGUACGAGGAGGAUUUUGGCUCCGACUUCCAAGCCAUCAUUAAAGUCGAAGAGAAGGUCGAGAGCCUCAGAAAUUCGGGCCAACUGAAGCCCGCAAUCCCUCCUGCGCCUCGCAAGAAAUCUACGAAGACACAGGAGGUGUCUAUGGACGAGGCCAUGGAUGGCGAGGAUGACGGUCUGGCCGCGGAAGACGAUGACGAUGAGGGUGCCGUGGAUGAAGACGAAGUGGACGAUGAGGAUAUGCUAGUUAAGAAGAAGCAGCUUGAUCUUCUCAUCGAGUAUCUGCGACGCGUCUUCAACUUUUGCUUUUUCUGCGUCUUCGAGAGUGACUCUAUUCACGAGCUCACACGCAAGUGCGCUGGUGGCCAUUUGCGCCGCCCUCGCAGCACUCUUUCGAUCUCGGCUAGAGAGGUUGCCAAGGCUAGUGCAAACGGCAGCCCUUUCCCCGAGAAGAAGCGUGUCGAUGGUGAUGAGGAUCUCGACAUGGACAACCAGGAAAACGACAAAAAAUUCCGCAAUACGUCGAACAAGACCGAGCAGCAGUUUAUGCGAGCCUUUAACUGGGUCAAGACGUUUGAGGACAAGCUGCAGCAGAUUCUGGAGCCUCAGGCGUCAGAUCUCCGAAAGCUGGGCGGACGUCCCGUGGAAGAGGCGGUUGAGGCUGAGCUCAUGAAGCACGUCAAACAGGAAGAUGAGCACAAAUGGCGUUGCAAGGUUCCAGAGUGCAGCAAACUAUUUAAGGAAGAGCAUUUUUGGAAAAAGCACGUCGAAAAAAGACAUGCUGAGUGGCUCGAUGGGCUGAAGGAGGAGUUUGAACUCAUCAACGCAUAUGUCCUCGAUCCCUCACAUAUUGCGCCGUCGCGCACUGACGCAAACUCGAACGGACAUUUCCCGCAGCCCAAUGGUAACUCUACAGCCGGAACACCUCGUGGCUUUAGCCUGCAAAACUUUUCCAACCCGAUGAUGAUGCCAGGCUUUUCAGCUGGUGGUGCCCCCAGCGGCUUCCCAGGUAUGCAUGGCAAUGGAUGGAACGGGAUGGAUCACGACCGGUCCGGUGGCCCAGUUCGACGCGGAGGCAUGUACAACAGGGGUCAGCACCGCACUGGCCCGUAUGACCGACGUGGUGGUCGCUCCGACGGCGGUCGAAACAGAAUGGGGGGUUCCCGCUGGGGCGACGGUGCUGGUGCCGGUGCUGGCGGACCACGGGAGGCUGUCCAGGGACGGAGCUUGAAGAGUUACGAGGAUCUCGAUCAAGUCUCUGGCGGUGGCGGUGGUGAAUUGAACUACUAA